AUGGUUCGCCAGACAGUGCGAAAUAACGGAAUGAACGGAAUGUAAUAACAAUUUUUAGGUUAGGGUUGAAGUAUGUACAAAAGUUUUGUUUAUGUAUUAAAAAGGAAAUAAAUUAUUUAAAAAUGUCAAUUUUUGUACGUCUUUGUGAAAAAAACAUUUUUUCUACAAUAAAAAAACCUACACCUCUUUGUGCCACAUAUGUGGCAGAAUCACAAGCACCACGAGAUUCUGGUAAAAAAGAUUCCGAUGGUUUUCGAAUUUUAAUGUUGAAGCCGGAAAAAGCUGAGAAAAGAGAAAGAACGGAAUUAAAAUUUAAAAUCUUACCGCCAAGAGAAACAAGAAUGAAAGUUGAUCAAGAUUGGCCGUCAGUUUGGCCUGGACCAAGAACUUUUCAUCCAGCAACUGUACCACUUCCCAUUAGACAAGGAUAUCCUUUGAGAAAUCAAGCACCAUUUGGUAAAUACGCCAAUGCUGAGUUAAUGAAAAUUCCUAAUUUCUUACAUCUCACACCACCGGCCGUACGAAGACAUUGUGAAGCAAUUAAAAAGUUUUGCACCAAAUGGCCAGUGGGUUUGGAAACCGAAGAAAAAUGUACUAAACACUUUCCCAUGGAAGUAAUUACAAGCGAUUACGUUUUCUCCUCGCCCACAAUACGUGAACCUUUAGCCAGAAUUGUGAGCUUGAGAGUAAAAGUAUCGAGUCUCACUUUAGACAGACAUGCUAAAGAUAAACUUCUUAGAUUAGUAAAGGAUAAAUACGAUCCUGAGACUGAUUACAUUACAAUCACGACAGAUCGAUGUCCAAUGAAGAAGCAAAACAUGGACUAUGUUCAAUAUCUUAUUACUGCUUUAUAUCAUGAAUCUUGGAAAGUGGAACCUUGGGAAGCGGAAAAAAGUGAAGCUGACAUGGAAUAUUACGACUGGGACACAAACAAAAGUCGUGAAAACUUAAUCAGUCUUCUUUGUUGGCCUGAGCCACCAAAAGAUAUUGACUAUCAAACUGUUCCUCACGCUGUAGAAUAUAAAAUGGCAGUUACGGAUCUUAUAAAUAACGGGGAAGACGAACAUUCUGUAGAUAAAUACAAAGAAGCUGUCAAGAAUUUGUUGAACUUAAAAUAAGUUUUUUAAAUAAAUAAGUUAUGUACAUAAAAA